AGGUUGAGUCAAUUGCGGGUAGCUAAUGAAAUAUGUUGAAACCAAUUUCCCAGCCAUUUUCAAAGAUGCAUUCCAACUCCACCAAAACCAUCUUUUUAAGAAAAAACGCAAGCAGCUCCCGUACAUUCUAAGCUUUUGGUUCAUAUCUUACUUGUUUGUCAACUUUUGCAACCUGCGGGGAUGUCCAGAGUCAGCAUUCUGCAGGAGAAGCUCGAAAGCUAGCGCUUGAUUACUUGGUGGAGCGUCUGAUUUCAGGCAGCUAAGUAAAGCUCAAGUAGGAUUUAAUUCCUCUACAUAAAUAUUAGUGAACAACCUUCGUCAAUUAAUUUGGGAUUGCUCUUACUCUUAAUACAUCAUGGUUUAUCUGAAGAAUGCAGUAUAUGCUUUCGCGGCUCAUAUCUUCCUCGGAAGUCCUAAAAACCCUCUAGAAGACGCUGCAUCUUCUUCAUGCACUAAGACCAUACCUCCUGAUAUCACUAUUGGGCAACCCAAAAAUAUAUCAAUCAUAAGUUCGAAUGUCACUCGAUCCUAUCUCAUCGUCGUUCCACCUCUUUAUACAACCCAGAACUUGACUCCUGUCAUUUUUUCUUUCCAUGGAGGUAAUCGAAAUGCAUCAGAACAACUCACUCUCGACCAAAUAUCAUAUCCAGAAUUUAACAAUUUCUCCAUAACCAUUUAUCCUCAAGGCGUGAAGGUAAGAUUAUUUCUCAAGGCUGAGCCCUAGAUUGACAAUAUUAGGGAAAGUGGGAAGGUGAUCCUGGAAACACAGCAAACGACACCCAGCUUGUCAGCGACAUAAUUGACAGCCUUAACGCAACCUACUGUGUAGACUCCAAACGCAUCUGGGCCACUGGUAAAUCCGAUGGAGGGGGUUUCUGUAAUACCCUAGCCUGCCAUCCAAUUCUCUCCACCAAAAUCGCUGCAUUCGCACCUGUUUCCGGCGCGUUCUAUAUCGAUACUCAACCCUGCCAUCCGCACAACGUCACAAUACCAUGUUCCCCGGGGCGUUCUAAAAUCCCUAUGCUUGAAUUCCAUGGCGGAAACGACUCGACAAUUCAUUAUGAGGGACAAGCUAAUCGAUCCGGUGAAUGUAUACCAAGUAUUCCGCAUUGGGUGCGUGAGUGGGCUUUGAGGGACAAAUUGGGUUUGGAAAAUGUUACGACUGUUUUGACAAAUGAUACGGUUAUAUAUAAUUAUGGAAAGGGGGAUGAGGAGGGCUUGGUAAAACAUGUUUUUGAUAGGAACCUGGGACAUGAUUGGCCGAGUACGGUGUUAAAUGAUGAUUUGAUUGGACAUGGAGAGGGACCGGCAAGUUUUAAUGCUACGCCGAUUAUUUUGGAUUGGUUUCAGAAACAUAUUUUACCAUAGUUGGUAGAAAUGGAUUUACCGUUUAUCAUCAAGGAUUAUGUAUGUGGUAGAUGAAAGAGCGACGGUGCGGUUUCUAAAAAAUGCUUGUUUCUGAGUACAUUGAGAUUCCAAUCUAAUUGUGACAAAAAUAGCAGUUGUCAAGUAC